UGCAUUCUCUGGACCUCGCUUCAGAAAAAAACAAGACAGGCAAUCCAACAUGACGCCGGUAAUGCUCACCGAGCAGGAGCUCGAUGAGAUUUACACCUUUGCUGUCCAGCUUGGCAAAGAUGCAGGCAAAAUGCUUCUCGAGGCUGCCCAGCUGAGAUUUACUGGCACUCAAACAGCCGAUUUGGAGGUUGAGGAGAAGGAUAGUUCGGUCGAUAUCGUAACCAAGACAGACGAAGAUGUUGAAGUCUUCAUCAAAUCCUCAAUUGAGGCGAAAUACCCCCACCACAAGUAUGUUCACAGAGCCAUUCCGUUUGCCUGAGGCGUCUAACGUUCUGCUGGCAGGUUUAUCGGCGAAGAGACAUACUCCAAAGGCGCGUCCCGCUCCUACCUGGUCUCCGAAACCACACCCAGCUGGUGUGUCGACCCACUAGAUGGAACGGUCAACUAUACGCACCUCUUCCCCAUGUUUUGCGUCUCUAUCGGCUUCAUCGUCGCCGGUAGGCCCACCAUUGGCGUAGUAUAUGCGCCAUUCCUUAACCAGCUUUUUACCUCUUGCCGGGGCAGAGGUGCUUGGCUUAACGAAACCCAGCGGCUUCCCCUGAUUAGGAACCCAAUACCACCCAUGCCAGCGGACGCUCCAAGUGGCUGUGUUUUCUCGUGCGAAUGGGGCAAAGACAGAAAAGACAGACCCGACGGCAACCUCUACAGAAAGGUGGAAAGUUUUGUGAACAUGGCAGCGGAAGUGGGAGGAAGAGGAGGAAAGGGUGGCAUGGUGCACGGCAUCAGGAGUCUAGGGAGCGCAACCAUGGACCUCGCCUACACGGCCAUGGGGGCGUUCGAUAUCUGGUGGGAGGGCGGAUGCUGGGAGUGGGAUGUGGCGGCCGGUGUUGCUAUCCUCCAGGAAGCUGGUGGACUAGUCACGAGCGCCAACCCACCCAAGGAUAUAGAGACGGCAGAAAUACAGGAAGUGAAGCUGGGAAGCAGACUGUAUCUUGCUAUACGGCCAGCAGGGCCAAGCAAGACCGAGACGGGGAGGGAGGGGCAGGAACGGACUGUUCGAGAAGUAUGGCGACGUGUGAAAGCAUUGGAGUAUGCAAGGCCGGGAGCCUGAACCUGGCAGUAGAUAUCAUAAACACGAAACUAUGAUUAUUGCCACAAAUAGAGAUGGGCUGAGUGGUAACUAUCUCUGAUGCUGAGGUGUACCAACAACCUCGACCAGGUUUGGUCCCAGACCUGGUUCUUAUCCUACGUGGGAGUCGAACAUGUGGAGGGAAUGAAGAAACUACGCUAUGAAGCCCACGCCCACCUUUUCAUAUCGGUUUCAUUGAAAAUAUUUGGUGCCAGAACACCACGGAUUGCAACCCAGGCCGCCCUUCGGCUUACUGACCAUUGGCGGACCACUCAAAUCCAAGUUCGAGAC